AUGGCAACCUACUAUCUGUUGAUUCGAGCUCUCGUCUAUGAACCCAACCCGUUCGGUCUUAUAAUGUUGUCGUCACUCUACUUGCUGUUAGCAACACCUGUUGUCUGGGCCGGGCCGACCGAUCGGACUGGGGUCAAGGCGUUGAGCGCCAGGGCGUCUCUGCCGAGUACUUUCACUUGGAGCUCAACUGACGCCUUGAUUGGGCCCAAAGAGGACUCGCGCAACCUUGACGCAAUCAAAGAUCCAUCUAUCGUGCAGUACGACGGAGCUUAUCAUGUCUUUGCCAGCACCGUCUCAGAGGCAGCUGGAUACAAUCUUGUCUAUUUCACUUUUACAGACUUCUCGUCGGCAAAUAAUGCAACAUUCCAUUACCUCGACGAGACGGCAAUUGGAUCAGGCUAUCGGGCUGCCCCGCAGGUUUUCUAUAUGCACUCUCAAUCGCUAUGGUAUCUGAUUUUCCAAAAUGGCAAUGCGGCAUACUCCACCAAUCUUGAUAUCAGCAAUCCGGACGGGUGGAGUGAGGUGGAAACAUUCUAUGAAAGUAUCCCUAGUUCGGUUACUGAGAAUAUCGGAAAUGGUUCUUGGUUGGAUUUCUGGACGAUCUGCGACAGUUCGGAUUGCUAUCUUUUCUCGUCAGACGAUAACGGCCAUCUCUACCGGUCUUCAACAUCAGUCACCAGUUUUCCAAGCGGCUUUGGCGAGCCAACAAUUGCAUUGGAGGACGAGUCCAACAUUUACGCCUUGUACGAGGCAUCUAAUGUCUACAACGUGGGCGGUGAGUACCUGCUCCUGGUAGAGGCUAUUGGAAGCGACGGUUAUCGAUACUUCCGUUCUUGGACAACUUCGAAUCUGGAUGGCACGUGGACACCGCUUGCUGACUCUGAGAGCAACCCGUUUGCUCGCUCCACAAACGUCAACUUCACCGGAACAGAAUGGACCAAAAGCAUCAGUCAUGGAGAGGUUGUGCGAAGCAAUGUUGAUCAGACGAUGACCAUUGACACUUGUGGUAUGCGUUACUUGUACCAAGGUCUUAAUCCAAGUGCGACAGGCAAUUAUAACGCGCUGCCAUGGGAGCUUGGCCUUAUUACAUUAACCAAUCCAUCGUGUUAG